CAACGAGGAUCCAAAGGAAUAGUGAAUCGACUAACAUCAGUACAACAUAUAGCUGCUGUCAGUAUAACAGGACCAAUGAGAACUUUUCUGACAGACUCACUUGAAGCACAUGCUAAUUUGCUCCCUGUCCUCAUUCUCCUGCAAAAACUUUGCCACCUGGUGACCCUUCCCUAA